CUUGUACAGGUUUUGGGGAGCAAGCCAGAGCUUCCCGAGUGUGAUGAUAAUGAUGAUGAACUGGCCGAUAUUACAAACAGAAGAAGUGCUAAACUAUAUAUGGUGUCAGAUGCAAGUGGAUCCAUGAAGGUGUCCCUGAUAGCAGAGGAAAACCCCUUCUCCAUGGCUAUGCUUUUAUCUGAGGAGUGUUUCAUUUUGGACAAUGGUGCUGCAAGGAAGAUCUUUGUGUGGAAAGGCAAAGAUGCUAACCCACAAGAGAGAAAAGCUGCCAUGAAGAAUGCUGAACAAUUCAUAGAGCAGAUGAAUUAUCCUGCCAACACACAGAUUCAAGUCCUUCCAGAAGGAGGUGAAACGCCAAUUUUCAAACAGUUUUUUAAAGACUGGAAGGACAAAGAUCAAAGUGAUGGCUUUGGCAAAGUGUAUGUCACAGAGAGAGUGGCUAAAAUUGAGCAGAUUGAGUUUGAUGCUACCAAGUUACAUGAGUCUCCGCAAAUGGCUGCCCAGCAUAACAUGGUAGAUGACGGUUCAGGGAAAGUAGAGAUCUGGCGGGUGGAAAGCAGUGGCAGAGUUCCUGUGGGACCUGAGACAUAUGGACAGUUCUAUGGUGGCGACUGCUACAUUAUCCUCUACACUUACCCUAAAGGGCAGAUCAUCUACACAUGGCAAGGAGCCCAUGCUACAAAAGAUGAACUGACUGCGUCUGCAUUUCUGACUGUUCAGCUGGAUAGGUUAUUGAAUGGUCAGGCCGUGCAGAUCCGAGUCAGCCAAGGCAAAGAGCCUGCACAUUUACUGAGCUUGUUCAAAAACAAGCCACUUAUUGUCUACAAGGAUGGGACAUCCAGGAAAGAAGGUCAGAAACCUGCUCCACCCACACGACUCUUCCAAAUCCGCAGGAACCUUGCAACCAUUACUAGGAUUGCAGAGGUUGAUGUUGAUGCAAUGUCUUUAAACUCUAAUGAUGUCUUUGUUCUGAAACUGCCAAACAACUCUGGCUACACCUGGGUAGGAAAAGGAUCAAGCAGAGAAGAGGAACAUGCAGCUGAAUACAUUGCCAGCAUUCUUCAUUGCCAAACUGCUAAGAUUAAUGAAGGCCAGGAACCCGAGGAAUUCUGGAAAGCACUUGGAGGUAAAAAAAAAUACCAGACAUCAUCACAACUCUUAACAAAGGCUGAAGAUCACCCCCCUCGCCUGUAUGGUUGUUCUAACAAGACUGGCAGAUUUAUUAUCGAGGAGGUCCCAGGAGAAUUCACUCAGGAUGAUUUGGCUGAAGAUGAUGUCAUGUUGCUGGAUGCUUGGGAGCAGGUUUUUGUCUGGAUCGGGAAGGAUGCUAAUGAAACUGAGCGACAGGAAUCCAUUAAAUCUGCCAAGCGCUAUAUUGAAACAGAUCCUUCUGGCAGAGAUAAGGGGACCUCCAUUGUCAUCGUGAAGCAGGGGCACGAACCCCCGACAUUCACAGGCUGGUUCCUGGCGUGGGACUCCAACAAGUGGAAGAACUGAUCUAUCCAAGGAGGCUCCAGCUUCAAGACAAAGAAUGAUCAGAGCCCAGCUACUUUCUGGUAUUUUUAAGCAUGAGCUUAUGCAACAAUAUGAUGCACCUUUCCCGAGCUUUGAUAUCUUU